AUGAUGCCCAGCAAGGUCAAAUACAAGUUUGUCGAGGAGGUCGAGCCUUUGGAAUACUACGUCCGCGGCGGCUACCACCCUGUUCUCCUCGGCGACGAAUUCUCCUCUGGCCGAUACAAGGUCGCCCACAAGCUGGGAUUUGGCCGGAAUGCCACAGCCUGGUUGGCCGAGGAUACUGCGACGAAGCGACUAGUUGCACUCAAGAUCUCUACAGCCGAAUCCGCCGAGCGGUCUCAUGAACUGGAAGUUCUAUUACGGCUUGAUAAGAGUCAAUCAAGUCUGCCCGGGAAGUCCGUCGUCCAAAGUCUCCUGGACGCCUUUACAAUAUCUGGUCCAAAUGGCACUCACCAGUGUCUUGUGACUGACGUUGCCCGCCUUAACCUCAAUGAGGUCAGGGAGAAUCCGGGCCACCGACUGUUUCAUCUUCCAAUCGCGAGAUCUAUGGCUGCACAGCUUCUUCUGGGAGUCCAAUACAUUCAUUCUCAUGGGAUUGUGCACGGUGACCUCCACUCCGGAAACAUCUUCCUUCGGCUGCCGCCAGACAUGCAGAACAUGACUCUCGAGCAACUGCGGUCUAGGACACCUGAGCCACCUAAGAAGCUUGUUAUUCGCGAGGAUGGCGCCCCCCUCGACCCAGGUGUUCCUCCCGAGGUCAUCGUGCCAAUCUGGCUAGGUAUUGACAGCGACAAGCUGACGGCAGCAGACGCCUUGAUACAGAUUGGGGACUUUGGCGAAGCGUUUGAUCCUGAACGAACUAAACCCAGUACCGCCCAUACACCAUUGGUCCUUGCGCCACCAGAAUCCCGUUUUGCAACCACAAGUAACGACCGCAUUUCCUUCCCUGCAGACAUCUGGACACUAGGAUGCACAAUCUGGGAUUUGUUUGGAUGCAUGCGUCCGUUCGACUGUAUAGCAUUCUCAAUGGACGAUGUGAUUGCGGAGCAGGUGGAGAUGUUGGGAAAGCUUCCAGAUCGGUGGUGGAAGUCAUGGGGAGAACGGAGUAAAUGGUUUGAUGAGGAUGGACGUAGGAAUGUAAGAGAGGAUCUGCGUUCAUGGUACGGAAACAUACAUUAUGACUGGGAGGCCCGUUUUACAGAAUGUCUGAGAGAUCCACGGCAACGGCAUGGGUUUGACAUGUUUUCGCCACAGGAAGAGCAGGCCUUUCAGGACAUGAUUAGGAUGAUGCUGGUUCUGGAGCCGGCUGAACGGGCUUCUAUUGAUGAGCUUGUAGCUUGCGAAUGGAUGCAACAAUGGGGAUUGCCUGAGUGGCAGAGGAUGCUGCCUUGA